AUGGAAGUAUCAAAUUCGAAAAUGCUAGUAAAAAACAUUAUAACAAAUGUAUCUAAACAUAAAUGUCAUUUUGAAUGGAGGAUCAACGGCAUCAGUGCAUAUUUAGACACUUUUGAUAAUGAAAUUGGUGAUGAUGGAGAGAGGACACUUUAUUCGCCUACAUUCACAAGUGGUUCUGCAGUUGGCGAUAAAUGGUGUCUUGAAAUGACGGUAAACGACGAACGAUUCAUUGAUAAAACUGUAAUAAUUGAGCUAGAUUCUGUUGGUAGCUUUAAUCUUGGAGUGAGAAUACAAUUUACAUCAUUUAUUUUAGAUAAUGAAUACCAGGAAAAGGAACGUAUUGAUUGCGAUCAAAUUUUAAAUCAAAGCGAUUAUCUCGAUUUCGCAAUUGUCAUACCUACAAACGAACUCAUGCAAAAUAAAAACAAAUUUAUGUUCAACGACACGCUGACUAUUGGUGCUGAACUCACGUUGGUUGACAUUACUUCAUCAUGUCUUGAUAAUGCUCUGUCAUUUGGACCAAAACGCCAACGAAUAACUGAUGAGUACAUAGAUUUGUUAAAAAAAGAGCAAGAUACUGAUGUUGUUAUCAAAGUAGAUGACAAAAUAUUCAAGGCUCACAGGGCAAUUUUGAUGGCACGCUGUCCUGAUUUAUUCAAGCUCUUCCCAACUCGGAAGGAUGGAACCGAAAUUGAAGGUGAAAUUACCAUACCAGACAUGGACCCUGGUACUUUUGACACCAUUCUUCAGUUCAUUUAUACUGAUGAAGUUAACGAUUUGGAUGGUAAUGCUGAGAAUUUAUUUACAGCUGCUAACAAACUUAAAUUAAAAAAACUUAGACAAAUGUGUCUGCAAUCGCUUCUCAAAUCUCUAACUUGUCAAUCCGCUCCAAGAUUAUUUAAAUUCGCUUAUGAUUACAAUCUUUCGGAAAUAUUGGACUUCAUUGCUAAUUAUAUUGUAUCGAACGCUGAUAAAGUUAAUGAUACUCCAGAGAACCAGACUUUUAUAAAGUUAAAUCCAUCAAUGGUUAAUAUUCUCUUACAGAAAUGUGUAAAUUUAAAAGUCGAUGGUACUUGGAUAUUCAGCGGUUAA